CUUUGCUUCCAGGGUGCAGCGGUCUGGACUUUGUGCAUUCAGUUUACGACACAGCUGCUUGGCUUGACUCUGGUACUGCUGGAGGUCUCUUCCUGACUGGCAAGGACAACAUUGCAUUCGAAAGCUCAGAGAACGUCAAAUACUUGACUGUGAUGCUCGGGGGUGAGGAAGAGCAAGGCUGAGGAGGAGGAGGAGAUGGGCUGCACCUCCGCCAAGCAGGUGUCUGCAGUUCCCAACAGUGAAGAGGACCAGAGCAAAGCUCACAGCAAUGGAGACCUCUUCUCGGAUGAGUACAAGAUGAAAGGAGUGGAGAAAGUCAAGUACAUCAGUGGCGAAGAGGCAGGAGUGGACGGCCAGGACAGCACUGAGAAAAGCGCUUUACUUGGAAAAAAUCAACUCAUGGAUGAAACAGAUGGAAAGAUACUGAGUAUUCAUUCCUCAGAGAGCCAGCAAGAAUUCUUCAGGAUGCUUGAUGAGAAAAUUGAAAAGGGCAGGGACUACUGCUCAGAGGAAGAAGACAUGACAUAGCACCAUGCUCAAGCAUCCAUCCGCCAUCAGAUGGCAAAGAUGCCAGUAUUUGAAUGGUCAGUACCAUUACACCCGUCCAAAGGGGAGAAGGACAAUACUGAGCAACUUCUCGCCUUCCUGCUCUUUACGAAGCUCCUUCUUGUCUAAUCCAACGACCUAAAAGCAAAGACGGUGGACGAGAGGACUUCGGUUCAGUCUAUUUUAUUGAAAAGCCAUCACAGGAUGUCAGGGAUUUGGGGAUCAAGAGGAACUCUUCCCUGCUUGGAAGUCAAUAUACAUGGUUGGACGUUUAUGACAAGUCAGAAAAUUGGGCUUCAUGCAUGAAUGUUUCUUAUUUUUCACUUAUUUAUAGAGAAAAAUAAGAUGCAUAUUAUACUACGACCUAAAUUUGAUACAAAAUUUAUACAAAAUACAUCCAGUGUCACAGUAAUGUUCCUUGAAAUGGAUUGAUAGGUUUGAUUGAACUGAAUUUCUUUGCCUUGAGUCAUGUUUUCAUGAUUUGCUUUUUCAUUGAUAGUUUUAAAUUAGCUUCAGAUGAAGCUUGCGGAUUAAAAGAAACAACACAAAAAAGACAACAAUUGAAUUAGUUGUACGUACAAUUACAGAGUAAUACUAUCCGCACAGAUGUUUCAUGCAUGAGGCCCACUCUCUCUAUCUGGCUCCCUGAAAGUCACCAGGUUGGCUUCUGAAUUCCAGAAAACAGUAUGAAUCUCUUUUCUACAAUUUCUGGGCCAAAUCUAAACGUCGGCCAACAUUUAUUUGUAAUAUAUUUAUGUGAAACAAGGCUCAGGGUUGCUUCCUGUCAUCACUGCACAUUAAGACACUUGCACGCACUCACACGAUCGGCUUUCUAUGUAAUGACCCGCUUGGGUGAAGUCACGCAUUAGUCGGAGUCUGUAUUCCACUCACCAGUGUUACUGUGCAAGUCUAUGUUGGUCUUCUGUUUUUCUAAAAAAAAAUAAAAGUGGUUUUAAACUUA